GCGAGAUCAUCAGUGAUGAGCCGGCCGCGCCAGCCAGCAGACGAGGCGGCUCCUCUGCUGGCCGCGGUGCUGCUCUUCUACCUAGGCUGCCUGCUCAUGUUCCGCCGGCUAAGCGCGCUGCUAGGCCCUGCGCGGGGCACCGCCGCCCCCGAGGAGGAUGACUCGGACGUGCGCAAGCUGCAGCGCACCGGUCAGAUCAUCCUUGAUAACAAGGAGCUGAUCCGCGAGGUGUUCGCCGUCGAGAGCACCAGAGUGGGCGGCGCCGACGAAGGUCAGCGGGUGAGCUGCAAGAUAAGUGAGAUCGUGGAGGCGCGCUACGAGAAGGAGCGCCGCAGGAGUCAAAGACCUGCUGCCGCCGACGACUGCAACGACGCCGAGUCCAACAAAAGCGUGCCGGCCGCAACGCCGCCCCUGCCGCCCAAAAGACUGCUGGAGGACGGCGGUGCCAUCAGAAAGAGCGUGCUCGUUGUAGACCAGGUGACAAAGACGGACGAUGCCGAUACGAGUGGUGGUGCGGUAGUAGUAGUGGCGGACGCAAAGAGUAAGCCGGGCGAGCCUGCGGCGAGAGUCAGUCACGGCAAAAAGCGGCAGGCUCCCGCGCCUCCAAAGCCUCCGCCCGCCGAGCCAAUUAAAUCGAACGGUGCGGCGGCGGUGGCUUUGCAUAAACCGCCCGAGCAGCUUCCAAAAUUGGAAGUCGAGCCGGCGAGAACAACGGAGGCGGAGAGGCAAAAGUCUCACGCCGCACCAAGUGAAAUUAUUUCAGAGGUGGACAAAGUGAAGGGAGCCGGCGAGUCGAUACUGAUUGAAAAAGCCGAACCUGCAGUCGCGGUCGAGCCACCACGGGAGGUGGCGGUCGGUGCCAAACAGGUCGAGGACCAGACGGAAAAGCUGCUGAAAAUCAGCUCGGAAAUCAAGUUGGCGAUCGCCGAGUUCCGAGGAAAGGCGGAAGGCAGCUGCCAGCAGUGGGCGAAUAAGGGAAUCGCGGAGGCAGACCGGCGGGGCCAAGGGCAAGGCUGCAUCCCACCGGGCGCAGCAGCCGCGCCGCUGGACAAGUGCGUAAGCAGCGUGCAAGUGGGAGAAAAAGCAACGGCACAGGAUAAACCUGUAGUUCGAGUGGAGAGCGCGAGCACAAAAGAAGGACAGGCUGCGAGUCCGGCGGCCGUGGUGGAGGCGGCGAAGCAGGUUGAUAACAAAGAUGUCACUGUUUUGACAAACAACCAGUUGAACAAAGAGAUCGUCGGCGUGAAAGCGGAGAUCGUUAGUUGCGAGGUGAUCACCGCCGAAAAGCCAGCGACCGUUCCCACUGCGGAGAAGAAAACGGAGGUUGUUCCCGUUGAAGUCUCCAGCAUUAGCAAGUCGCCAAGCACUGGAGAUGCUGAAAGUGUCGAGUGUCCGCUGCUUCAUGCUGCACUGACUUUGACACCAAGUGAAACGCAAACCGCAGUUGACAGUAACGAUUCAGCUCCUGUCGAAGUUCGUGCGGUGCAAAGUGAGUACGCAAUAACAACUGAACCAUUAAAAACGCCGACCGAUGAAACCAAGUUAUCUCCAGAAGUAACAAAAUCGGCUGUAAAAGUUGCAAAACCUGCAAUACAAAAAGUUAACUUGCCAGUGGAUAAAGCAAAAGAGCUGCAAGAGAAGGAGAGAUUGCUUGCCAAAACUAUAAGUUUAUCUCCUAAAAAGGAGAGAGCGCUGGUGGAGAACGCAAAACUACUUCUUGAAGCUGAAAAAUCGCUGGUGAAAAACUCUUUUGAAGCGAAUAAAUCGGUGCCAGAACCUCUUAUUCAACAACACGCUGCGAAUCUAGUGCAAAAACAAGACAUUUCACAGCCUGAAUUGCAAAGAUCCGCAACUGUAGAAAAUUGUUCACAUCAUGAAGCCCAAAAAUCCACAACGGAAGAAAAAUUAGUUGAUCAAGAAAAUCCAACCCCAGACACAGGUGAGUGCCAAGCAACCACCGAAAAAUCGUCGAAAGAAACAGUCGCUUCAGCUGACAUCGCAAAACCAUCACAAGAGGCAGUCGAAAAUUUAACAGACUCGAAAAUAGAACAGAGUUCAAUAACUGUUGCAGCUGAAAAGUCGAAUUCUGAAGGCAAACAAGAGAUUGCCGAAACCGAAAUCAACGCCGGCGAGGCUGUUAAUUGUGGGAAGGCGGCGUCUGAGCCCAAUACCGGUCCGUUGAACGAAGCGCCCACUCAGAAUUUAGAAUCGCAGCCAGCUGAAGGCGACAAUCCAACCGAGGAAAAACCCAAACCAAUCGAAUCGGCGCAGGUACAAGUUCAAGAGGCGAAAGAAGAAGUAGAAGAAGUGACGUUGCAGAACGCGGCGUCUGAUAUAAAUAAUGCUAUUGUCGUGCAACUUGCUCCCACUGAAAGCGACAUUAAAGUGGACUCUGGCUGCGCGGUGGCGGCGGUAAAAUUAGAAGAAAAAGCCGCGGAAAGCAUCAUCUCCGCGUCGACUGAAAUCAAAAGCGGUGCUGCAUCGGAACGAAUUGAAACAGUAGCGGAAGAGCCGAGCACGGAAGCUCAAGUAGAAGUAGUGCAAGCGCCCAGAUUAGAAGCUCCAGCUGCGGAGGCAGUGAAAAGUGAGGAUUUAAUACCAAAUAAUACUACCGUUGAUACUGUUACUGACUUUGAAAAUAUUUCUGAAGUGUUGAGUACCGAGGAGGAACUUGAAAGGCCAAAGCAUAUUGAAGAAACUGCAUCCACAGUUGAAGAAAAAGAGGAUCAGAUAGCUGAGAUAGUAGUUCAAGACGCAAAAGUCGAAGGUAACCCAGAGGAAGCUGUGAUUGAAGUAACAGAAAAUCGCCAAAGCGAAAUAGAUUGUGUUCAGCCAAAAGGAGAGCCGGAAGAGACUAAAAGCGAGGCACUGCCAAAAGAGGAAAAGGGGCCGCAUUCCACGGACGCGCCGAAUAUCGACGAGCCGCUUGGUGCGCCGAAAGAAGGGGAGAAACCUAUCGAGUCACAAAUAUCAAAGCCGAUCGAGGCGCUCAAAGUGGAGGACUCUGAUCGAGUGGACGCCGCGCAUUGUAACGGCGAGCCGAAAGGCGAUCAAGUGCCCAGUGCCGCUGAUGAAGGCGACGAGGAGGACCACUUGAUGAAGAAAAUUGAAAGCUUCUUGGUGACCGAGAACAACGAGGACGACGACGUCAGUAUGUCUGAGGCGGCAGUAAAAUUAGACACUCGCAAUUGUAUCAAAGUGAAAAGGGUGAGCAGCAUGAAGAGAAGCGAAAAAAUCAGCAAACUGGCGCUCAAGAAGGAGGCGGACGGCCAGCAGGAGACGGACACGUGCGAGUCGCAAGGGGACGGUGGCAAAAAUGCCGACGCGUCGUACGGAAUUCAAUCGGGCAAAGUGAAUAGUAAUGCCGAUAAGAAAAUCAAAACGGACGACGCGACGAAAUUAGCAGCGAGCGCGGGCAAGCAGCCAACGCAGCCGGCUCCCAAGAUCGGGUUCGGUGUACUAAGGCCCGCGAGACCGAAAAGUGGCGCGUUUUUCACCUCCGACCCGCAGCAGCGGCCCAAAUCGGAUGAGCUCAGUGAGGUCUUUAACAAAAUAGUUUUGCGAAAGGCUGAGGAAAAACGAAAAAGCGAGCAGGGUGCAUUGAAGAGCAAAUCCGAAAGCAAAGUCAGCCGCACCGGGUCGCGAAAGACCAAAGAAAAGAAGCCAGAGGCGAACGGAGUCAAGGAAAAGAGCCCGUCGAAAACACGCGAAACCUCGCCUCUGAAAAACGGGCAGGAAAGCAAAAGAGGCGAUGAAAAAUCGAAAUUGAAAUCCAGAGAGUCUUCGCCUCUGAAGGAAAGCAAAGCAAAGACGGUAGAAAUACCGAAAACGGAGCCAGCAGCAGAUUCGAGACCAAACUCGGAAAUCGCGGAAGAGAAAAGUAAUGCAAGUCAAGUGCAAGCAGAAAAGACCUCGAAAGAAAGCGGCGGUGCCGUUGCUACAGGCGAUCAACUUCCACCAACAGUCGCCAAUUCUGCGGUCGCCGACGCUGUUAGACCUGAUUUAUGUGCCGCGAAGAAAGAAGUAGAUACGAGCACUGCAUGCGAAGCGCAAAAAACUAAUUCGAGCUCAAUUAAUAUCAAAGCUGGCACAGAAACGGCCGCAGCGAGUGGAACAAAGCGUGAUGUGAGCAGCAGCGAAGCCACUUGCGUGGCGCGAAAAGACGCUCCCUUAACUUUAGCCAAUAAAGAGGUAGGGAAAAGCGCGGAAAAGCCGUCGGAAGUCACCAGACUGGUGCGCCGCUCGUCCAAAAGCCCGGUGAAAAAUGUUUCAAAAGGUAGCAGCGUGGAGCCGAAAACCGCAGCAAAUGAAGCAAAUCAAACGGAGAGUAUCGAUCGAAGUACCGUUCGCGGAAAGCUGGUGCUCGGCCAAAAACUGGACAAGGAUGCUCAGUCCAGCAGCAGCAGCCAAAAGGAAGCGGAGAACGCCAAGAAGCCCGAGUCGGUGUGCGACAGGGUGGCCGAGCGGCUGGAGAGCAUUCAGGCGGUGAAGGAACGUCCCGAGGAAAGCGGCAAUCCAGUAAAUAUCGAACCAGAAACGACGCCUUCCGCGGUGGACGGACAGCCGGCUACUAAAACGGAACUGGUGGAUGCGGCCGCUGCUAAAAUGACGGUGGACGGGGCUGACGGGGGCGGAAUCGGGUUGGUGGUGGCCAACACUGGUCGCAAAGUGGGUGAUACGCGCUACCUCACAGAGAUGCAGGUGUUCUUCCGCUCUGGGGUGCUUGGACAACUGGAGGCGCAACGAGACGAAAAACUCCAGGACCAUGUUACUAGACUUCAGGCGCGCUGCAAGGGCUACUUGGCCAGGAGACGCUUUGAAAAGCGAAAGGUGCAAGAGGUGGCUGUUAGGUGUGUGCAGAGAAAUGUCAGGCGUUUCCUGAAGGUGAGGGAUUGGCCCUGGUGGCGCCUACUGGUGCGCGUAGCUCCGCUCCUGAAUGUACACAGAGCGGAAGAAGAGUUGCGCAAGCAGACCGAAGAGCUAGAAGGCUUGAAGAUGCGUUUGGAUAAAUCGGAGGCUGAGAAACUAAGGCUCAAACAGCACAAUGAAAGACUUGAAGCGAGGAUGAACGAGCUGACCGUCGCCCUGGCAGAGGAGCAGAGCGCGUCCCACUUGGCCGCCGAGCGCCUGAAAACCGAGUCCGUCGAGAGGUCACGCCUCCAGCACGAGCUCCAAAAUGCACAGGAAAAACAGAGCUCGUUACGAGAGGCGAGCCAGCGGCUGGAGAUGGAAAUCCUGAUGUGCCGUGCCACGGACGACUCCUCCCACACGUCGGGCGACGACGACGAUGCCGGCUACGAGCACCUGAAGCAGCGGCUCGACAGGGCCGUGAAGGAGGCGGCCGCACUCCGCCGACAGCUGCAGCAGCAACAGGAGGCGAACGAGGACCAAUUGAUGGCCCUUCGGAAGGCUACCGAGAAAAGGGUGGCAGACGCACUCGAAGAGGUCGAGGAGCAGCGCCAGGUCGUCGCCCAGAUGAAGAGGAAGGCGCAGCGCGUCACCGGCGAGCACAACGACACCAGGCUGAUGCUUGAGGAGCAGAGUGCCAGGAACGCCAUCCUCGAGAAAAGGCAGAAGAAGUUUGAUAGUGAAAUGCACCAACUACAGGAAUCGCUGCGGCUUGAAAAGUCCGGCAAGGAAAAAGCUCUGCGGGAGAGAGACCUCAUGGCGGCCGAAAAAACAGCUGCCGAGCAGAACCUGGCCGCGUGCCGGCUGGAGCUGGAGAUGCGAGACGAGAAAGUGGCCUCUCUGGGGCGCGAGCUCGAAGAACUGGCGUUCGGCGGGGUGGCCGAGGAGGAGGUGGCCACCCUCCGAAAGGCCAAGCACACGCUCGAGCGACGCGUCAAGGAGCAGGAAGAGGAGCUGGACGAGCUGGCCGGUCAGGUGGGCUUGCUUGAGGCGGCCAAGGUGCGGCUCGAGAUGAGCCUUGAGCAGCAGCGCAAGGAGUCCAAGCGCGAGUACAGCCAACGCGACGACGAACUCGAGGAAAUCCGCGGAAACGCUCAGAAGAAGGUCCGCGCUCUGGAGAGUCAGCUAGAGACGGAGCACGAGGAGAGAACGCGUCUGCUACGUGAAAAGCACGACCUGGAGAGGCGGUUGGCCGAGGCGGCAGAGGUUGCGAGGGGCCGCGCCCCUGAAGAUGAGCAGACGAUCCAGAGACUGCGUCGCGAGCUGCGCCACGCCAAGGCCCUGCUGCGAGACGCGCACGGACUGCUGGAGAGGCAGCGCGACGAGACGGGUGGCCGCGGACAGCUGCGGGCGUUGAGGCACCAGCUGGAGGACGCCGAGGCGGCCAGGGCGGUGGCCAUGAAGGCCCGCCAGACGGCCGAGGCGGAGGCCAGGGAGCUGCAGGCGGUUCUCGAGGAGGAGCGCAGAGGCCGCGCGGUGGCCGAAGACCGCGCCGCCGCCGCAGUCAGAGCCAGAACAGAGGUUGCGGGCCAGCUCGAGGAGAAUGAGGAGGAGCUUGCCGAAGUCAUGAAGAAAUACAAGGCUGCUGUUGCUCAAAUCAGCGUCGAACAGGCGGCAACAACGGAGCUUGCAGUCACAGCGGCAACCUUGGAGGCGGAGCGGAACUCACUGCGAGAGCAGGUGGCUGAAAUGUCGGCGCGUCUGGAGGCGGCUGAGGGCGACACGACCACCGGGCUGACGGCGCGCCGCCUCGAGACCAAGAUCCGCGAGCUAGAGUCGCGGCUGGAGCUGGAGGCGACCACGCGGGCGCGGGCCGAGACGCAGAGCGGCCGCUUCCGCGAGCAGGCGGACAAGAUGGCCGUGGAGGCCGAGGCGGCCAGGCUGCGCGAGGCGACGGCCAACGACGCCGCCCGCCGCUCAGCCCGGCUGCUGCGCGAGGCACGUGAACGCGAGGCCAGCGUCGCGGCCAAGGAGGCAGAGGCCAUCAGGAAACGCAAGGAGAUCGAGCUGCGGGUGGAAACAGUCGAGGCAGAGGCGGCGCAGGCCAGAGCCGACCUCAGGCUGGCGCUGCUGCGCAUCGAGGACCUGCAGGCCGCCAUGGCUGGCGACUCCGAGGACCUCGGCUCAGAGUCGAGUGGCUCCAUCGAGUCACUGCUCGACUCGGUCGGUGAAUCACACGAAUUUCUAGAUUUUGCCUGCAGGUCUCCUGAGGGGCAGAGUGACCCUGGAGAUGGCGUAGGACAUUUGACUGACUCCAAAGACGAAUCUCAUGCCUAAGCUGUAGUUCAACGAGCACCUCACUUAAUGAUGUACAUGUCUGGUCAUGGAUAGAGUGAAUGACAAAUCCCCAAUGAUAAAGUAUCAAGUAUAUUACAAACUUAAAACUAUAUAUCUACAAUCAACUUGAACUAUAAAAUAUGUAGUAUGAGUGGAAGAGAAUAAAGAGCAAUUUUGUUGUUGCAAUUAUG